UUAGGAGAGAUGGAGAGACUUUGAGAUUCAUUAAUUCAUCGUAAUUCCCAUUUUCACUGUCAACACAUUUUUUUUUGCCCACAAAGAAAAUUCUUUUCCCUCCCAGGCAUUGUCUAUCCUUUUAUUCCUGGUGUUGUCUGUGUGUGCCUUAUGUAACAUUCAUGGUGUAUUGUUGUGCUAUUUGGUGUUGACCUCAAUAUUGACCCGAUAUCGUCUUUUGCAAUUGCCCCAGGGGGUGAGGGGGUGAGUGUGUGUUAUGAUUGACUCAUAGAGUUCGCCCGGAGAUCCUUGAAGGAAAGCAACUUUCAUCGGCCACCCCCCUCCCGUCCAUUCUGCCAAAGUAGGAGGGUGGAAUUUUAAUGAUUCCGAUCACGAACUUUUCUAUGUUCUUCGUACAACAUAUAUUUUUGUAUGUACCAACAUAUAUAUACAUACAUAGUUCUUGUGGAUUAGCAGUCCAGUGAGGGGAAUGUGAAUUGUGAGAUUAUUGUGAAGAAAAUCACCAAUAUCCAAGGGGUUGCCAAUUGUCUCAUUUUUAUGAAAAUUUUCUGAAUUAAUAUUUGGAUUUUUUUACAAAAUAAAAUUACUUUGAGUUUCCUUAUCAAAAAAAAUUACUUUGCCAAAAAACAUCGACGAACAACACAAUUAUGACGUCAUUCUAUACAUUUUCUGGGCAAAUCAUUGCUGGACUUCCGCAAUUGAUCUUAAGGGAUAAGAGGGAAGUCUCUUUGAUGAUUUCUUAUUAUUUCUUUACGUCUCUGCAAGAUUACGCGUAUUCCGCAAUUUGCUUCCUCUAUUGAGGGGAUUCCCCGUACAAAAAUGAGUAAACUCCUUUAAUUUCAAAUAUAAUAUAGCAAUGAGAUAUGCAUACAUUUGAGCCAGUUAAAUGCCCCUUUUAGCCAAUAACAUCCCCAUAAUUCACAAAAUUUCGUGUCAAAGAGCUUUUCCACGAGAGAAAAUUUCUUCUCUCUAGAAAAUUCUUUCUUUUCUUCCCUCCUUUAUUAUUUUUUUCCUUUUACCCAACACCACAACAUACUUCUGUGUGGAAUUUGCGUGUCUCCCUUUUGCCUUUUCAUCUCACUUUCACCUGCCCUGGCGUUUAUCGCCUGCCUAAUUGUUGUGGCAACAAAUCAUUUGCUCAUGCUUUGGUCACUUUUUUUUUCGGCGAAAGGUGGAGGUUUACCACCCGCAACCACCAACAUAUAAUUUUUCCAUCCACAGGAAGUGAAACCCCCCGUACCUGAGAGUGAGAAUAAUACUUUGGCAAGAAAGAUUAGGGGCGAUUUAAAUAAAUAUACAUUUUUCUGUGGGAGCUUUAAGAGUUGUGAGUGGAGCCCAUUGACCUUUCGUGUGGGGAAAACUUUUCUUCACAGCAUAAACAAUGAAGAGGAGGGAUAAAAAAGAUCGAGACUUCUAUCUCCGGACGGCAUUUGACUUAUUGGACCGCAACCAGGAUGGCCACGUCACACCUAGUGAGCUGCAAUUUAUGCUUCGCAAUUUAGGGAUUCACGUGCGAGAUGAAUUGAUAGAUGACCUCCUGAAGGAAGCCAGUAACACAGGAAAUGGAUUAAUAGAUGAGGCGGAAUUUCUUCAGUGGAUCGCCCGGAUUCAGGCCAUUAAGGAUGAAUCGGCGUCAAGUAGCAGUAGUACCGGCAGUACACAGCAGCUUAGUGAGGAGGAUGAUAUUACGCAGGACUUAAUUGCUGCUUUUAGAGUCUUUGAUCGCGAUGGGAAUGGCUACAUUACGCGAGAUGAGCUCCAGACAGCCAUGGAUAUGAUUGGGGAGAAUGUAACAGAGUCCCAAUUAACAGAAAUGCUGGCUCUAGCAGAUCUCGAUAAAGAUGGUCGAAUCAACUAUGAAGAAUUUAUUAGGCUACUCCUGUAGAUGGAAACCAUACGUGUGAGUUUCUCAGCUUGCAGAGCACAAAACCAAAGAUCUGAAGCAGAGUCAGAGUUCAAAGGCUGUUUUUACUUGUUAAAGAACAAAUGAAAAAAAAAUCUUUAGUAGUGAAAAAAUACGUGAUUUUAAGGAUUCUUUAUAAAUCAAAAAAAAAAAACCUAUAUAAUAUUUAUUUCUAUCAUUAGGAAUAUUAAGUGAGUACUGUUUAAUAUUAAGGAUUGAGUUCACCAUAAUACUACCUUUCUUCAACAAAAAAAAAUGGUAAAAAGUAAUUAAUUUCCAUUGCUCCCGAAGAAGAAGGUUGCAGCAAUACGAAAAAAAAGAAUUAUUUUAAGAAUAUUUUCUUUCGGGGAGGUAAGAGUGCGGGUGGGAUGUCAAAUGGAAUUUGUGGCCUUUUAUCUGCAAGAGUUGAAUGCUCCGGAGGAUUUAGUGCGCAGGAUUAGUUGACUUUUUUCAUACGUUUGAGAAAUCUAUAGUGUUAACAGCGCUGAGGGGUGUGUUCAGAGAGCACAAAGAGGUGGAAUAAAUUGGAGAAAUUUGUAGUGUUUUGUAUAAAUUUUAAGUUAUUCUCAAGAUGAUUACCACCGAUUUGAGGGCGCUAAUGCUUCCAGGAGUUUCUCAAAGCGCCGAUAAAUGCUAAAAAUUGAUCUUCCUACUUUUAUUUUCAUAAUAAUUUUACUGCAAACUUGAAUUAAACAAAUUAAUCUCAUUGCGCUAGAAUCUCAUAGAAUCCAUUUUAUUGAAAAUUAUUAAAAAAAAAAAGAAAUUUGAAUGAUUUUUGUUGACAAAAAGAAAUUUUUCUUUCAUCGCCCUUUCUCAUUGCAAAGAGAGUGCUGCCCUCUGUUACACAAACUUCUUAAAGUGAAUACCUUACUAUAUUCUUCAAAGCACAAUGAUAAAACGUUCCGUAUAUGUAGCCCCUCUUUCAUCACCCCCUCAGAGCGCAAAAUGUGUUAAAUAUUUUAUUAAAAUUAAAAUGGCAAAAUAAAUUAAAAUUGCAAAAAGCUAAGAGUUUGUUGUAAAUAUAUAUAUUUAAUAUAAUAAAAUGCGAGAGAAAUAUUUAAUCUCUUACCGCUUCA